CCAAGGGGCACUCACCCACCCAUGACGGCCACUGGCAGCCUCGAGACACAUCACAUCACCGCCUGCCCACAGCCACAAGGUGAGUAACGGCAAUGGGGAUGGGGAUGGGGUGCUCGGGUGUCCCCUCACUGUUGGCUCCCUGGCAGGGCCAUGCAGAUCCUGACGUGCCCGGCCCAUUUGCAGCGUCUGGAGGCUGCCCUGCGCAGCAGCCUGCCUCGUUCCCUGCCGGUGAGCCACCCACAGCCGCCCCUCCACCAUGGGGGUCGUGGGCCACCCCGUUCCCUCCCUGACACCCCCGGGGCACACAAUGCCAGGCCAUUCCCGAGCACCGUGAGCCUGCCCCAGCCGACCCCAACCUGCCUGAGCUCUGCCACCCGCUCAAGGGCAGCCCGUCUUCGGGCUUUGCAGGUGUACGGGGCCGUGCUGAACAUCAACCGUGGCAACCCUGGGGACUUCGAGGUGGCAGUGGAUGCCUGGCCCAACUUCAGUGCUGUGCUGGCGCGGCACAGAGGAGAGGCACCGCUGAAUGACAGCUACAGGAACCUGUGCAGCGCCUUCUACCGGGAUGUGGGCGCCUACCGGGCCCUGCUGGAGAGCCCGGGCUGCCUGCGCUGGGACUCCGCUUUCCACAUCUUCGGUGGCUGUGGGGACAACCAUGGGGACGCGGGAGGAACGAGGAGGCUGCAGGAUGGCGUGCUGACGGUGUCUCAGGACAUUGCAAUGGCCAAGGGCAUAGAGCUGGAGGUGACUGAGUACUACACCUACCUGCACCCUGACCCCAGCACUCUACCAGAGCCACAGCUGGACCCUGACCUGCAGCUGGGCACGCUGAGCCCGGCGCACGUGGAGCUGCUGGACUCAACGUGGCCGUACGGGGGGAACGCGUGGAGCCGGCGCUACCUGGGGGAGCUGCUGCGCCGAUUCCCCUACCUAUGCCUGCAGGACCCGGCCGGGGAUCUCCUGUGCUGGGUGCUGAGCGAUGGCUUCGCAGCGGGAGCGCACGGCUACACGGUGCCGGCCCAGCGGCGCCGCGGACUGAUGCGGGCGCUGACGAUCAUGGCUGCCCGACGGGCGCACGGCCGCGGCUUCCCGGUGUACGGCCACACGGCCACGGGGAACCGGGGGAUGCAGAGGCUGCAGGAGGAUUUGGGGCACCGCCGGGUGCCGGGGCUGUGCCGCUUCGUGCUGCACAACCCUGCCCUGGCGCGGGCUGCGCCCUGAGCGCCCCCGGGGAGAAACGUGUGA